AGAAAAACAAAAAAUUACAUAAUUUUGCCAAUAUUUUUACACUUUCUUUUGAUUAAAUAUAAUUUAAUUGUGGUUGCUAAAACGAAGAUAAAUCUUGAUUAAAGUGUAUGGAAACUGGGCGCCCGUUUUGUUUGUAGGUUUUGAAUAACAGAUAGAAUGAAACAAUGGUCCCUUUGUAAAUGAAUCAUCAUUUGAUAUAUUUUCAUGGUUGCUUGCAAGUGUGAUCAUUUAAAAAUCCUUAUCUUUGAAUAAGCUGGCUUUGUUCCCAUAGAAAUGAUGGACUACGUCGAAAAUAUUCAUUUAAAAAGAGCAUAAACAAGCAUUUUACAAGAUGAAACGGAAAGGACAAACACUUGAUAGAAAUUUUGAUAAACGAUAAUAUACAAAUUACAAAGUAUCUUUAAAAAUAUGGCAGCGAAUAGAGGACGUUGUCUUUAUUUUAUGUUUGUUAUUUUAACGCUUUUGGGGCUUCUUGGGAUUUAUUGUGAUGAAACAAUAUCGUAUAGUAGCAUUGAGAAUGGAUAUAUAUGCAAUUCUGUGCUAUGGAGGUUCAUAAUGCCAGCUACAUGUCCUGUGCUAUCAAGAUAUUUCCCUGCUACCAAGUUGUUAUAUCAGGUUGUUAUUGAUGCUGGAAGCACUGGUAGUAGAGUUCAUAUAUUUAGAUUUCGUCAAUCUAUAACAGGUUAGUGGAUUAACUAGAAUUUUUAUAUUGUUUAUAAUUAUGCCAGUGCUCUCCUCUCGAAGACCUCCCCUUCAAUGUCCUGCUUCGACUUUGUUCCACAAAGCGAGGAGGGGGUACUACAUAAAUGGGAUGCAAACUUACCAUUCUCUUUUAAAAAGUGUGUGAUAUGAGUAGCUGGUCAAAGCAAUUGCAGGACAAGUAGACAAUUUUUACUCCCCAAGGGACAGUGUUAAUGGUCAUUAACCCAUUAAGGGGCAAUGUGCCCUACUUUAUUAUUUUACUCUGUCUAACGGCACACAAUUUUACUUGUCAAGAGGGAGUGUGCUGCUACUUAAUGGGUAAAUCACACUAUGCAUCCUGUUAACCCUUUAAGUGUCAAUGAGCCCAAAUGAACCCUAUUUUAUUAUUAUAUUAUGUCUAACACCAGACUAUUUCACUUGUCAAGGGGAAUCACUCAAUGGGUAAAUAAUAUGUUAUCCAAAGUAAACUGUAAUCUGCCCAAUUGUCUCUUGUCAAUUAAGUGCAAUGCUAAUUAACCCAUUGUGCACCAGCAAUCUCCACUUGACAAAUAAAAUUGGCUGGCAUUAAACAGAGUAAAAUGAUAAAGUAGGGUGCAUUACUGUCGUUCCAAUUGAAGUGUUGCUCAAAUAUUGAUUCAAUACAUUACCUCUGGCUGACCAAUUCAUUUCAUCAAGUUCCUCGAGAUAUUCAUACACUUCCUAGUAUAAUUGUAAACUUCCUGUUGAAUAGUUUGAAUGCACCAAUCACCUUUGUUGUUUGUGCAACUAACCAAUCAUAAAUAGAAAGGAAGUGACCAGAAAUGAUCAAAUACUUGGAAUUGGCUCUUUCACAGGAAGUGUAUGAAUAUCUCGAGGAACUUGAUCAACUGAAUUGGUCAGCCCGAGGUAAUGUAUUGAAUCAAUAUUUGAGCAACACUUCAAUUGGAACGACAGUAAUUAAAUAGGGUGCAAGAUACAUUGGACAGAUAGUCUGAUUAACCCAUUGAAUUCCAGCACUCUCCCCUUGACAAGUAAAAUUGUCUGAUGUUAGACAGAUGUAGAAUAAUACACAGGAGAGUUUUUCUCUUUAUGAAGAAGUAGUUCUAUAUAUGAUGUGCUGACCUGCCUAUCUGCCCAGGCACCAAGUAAUAUGUGGUAAUUGUUAUACAUUUGUUUCAAAGGUAUCAAGUUAGAAAACUCAGACUUUAAAGAAAUUGAACCAGGGUUGUCAUACUACCCCACGAAACCCGAGAAGGUCUGUAGCAAUAAAAUGUGAUAUCUAUUAAAAAUUUAUGAUAUUUCAUGCGAGAAUCAUCAACAUGGUUACAAAAACAUGGCGCAUUUGUCGAUACUUCAAUUCAGCCAUAUUCAACGUGUUUUCAAUAGGAAAAAGUAUGAAAACAUAUACCAUAAGUAAAGUAAAGAGCAGAUGACAACAAUUCAAAGUAUUCAAGAAAUAUUACAAAGCUUGUAAAUUGCUAUUUAAAGAAAAUAUUCCCUUGGGCCGUCCAUUAAAAUUUAGCCGUCCAAAUUCGGAAUUCAGAAGUGGCCGUCCGUAGGACGGUCGGACGGCCGCCUGGCUAACACCCUGGUCAUAUGUACUGUUCAUUUGCGUAAUAUGUAAAAAAAUACCACAAUUCCUCCUCAUUCAGUUGAAGUAAAAAUUAAAGGGAAAAAAACGGUUUUCGGUUUUAGAAUCGGACAGUUUUUCGGUUUUGAUUUUAAGCAAAACUGUGCAAGCCUAGGCCUUGGCUCUUGUUAAGAUUAUUUGCUUCAAAGAUGUUUAAUCUAGGUUAUGUCACUUUAUUUAGGGAGUAUAUUCAGUCAGUGGUCUCUUGAAGAAAGCUUUAGAUGUUGUUCCAAGGAAUAAAUGGAAGUCAACACCUGUAUCUCUUAGAGCAACUGCUGGUCUGCGUCUUCUACCCGAUAGUUUGUCACAUAAUAUUAUUGAAGAGGUGCAUGAUCAAUAUUAUUGAAUAGACAAUCAAUGUUAUUGAAUAGAUAAUCAAUAUCAUUGAAUAGAUAAUCAAUAUCAUUGAAUAGAUUAUCAAUAUCAUUGAGUACAUAAUCAAUAUUAUUGAAGAAGUAAUCAAUAUUACUGAAGUAAUCAAGAGAUAAUCUUGAAAAGAUAAUGAGAAUUAUUGAAGACAAGAUCGUUAUUUGUUUAUCUACAUCAUUUUAAGAGACAAUUAAUAUUACUGAAAAGGUUAUAAAUAUUAUUGAUGAUAUACUCAAAUUGUGAAAUUAAUGGAAAGUAAUCCAAAUAAUAAUUUAGCUCACAAUCCUACAUACUUUCUUUAUCUUCAAAAAGGUACGCAAGUUAUUGAUGGUGACGCCAUUCAAGAAGAUUGAUUCUGAUUUUAUCUCCAUCAUGAAUGGAGAUGACGAAGGUAAGACUUUGAAAUUGUCUGAUGGCAAAAUGUCAUGCACAUUUAUAUAUAAAAACUUCUUAACUUUUUGUUUUACACUUGUAGGUAUUUUUGCCUGGACAACACUGAAUUUUUUAUCUGGUAAGUUAAUAACACAAAAUAAAUCACAGGGCAAGAAAAAAGAAUUUUCUUCCUGGGAGUAUAAGCUGAAGACAAAAAUUUCCUGCCGACCAACAGAGUAUUUUUGUGCUAAAUCUGCAUGUGCAUAAACAUAUAUUAUUCUAGCUGACCAUGGUCUUAAAUUCAAGGGAUAAUUAAUGUCUGUCAAUCAUAUGUUGUUGCGCCCAUAGUGGGACAUGGGUGUUAAGGUUUCCUUCAAAUUUUCAAUAGCAAAUCUUCAUUCAAACAAAUUCGCCUGCAGCUGUUAAACAUUUCCUGCAAGCAGUGCUUGUGUGCUCGUCUAGUUUUUCAAACCCUGAUAAAUCAUAACUGUGAAGGAGUUUGAAUAUCUGAUAGAAAAUCAUGCUGAUUUACAUAAACUUUAAGUUCAAAUUUUUCACCAAAUAUCAUUCAUACAGUAUAUUUUAAAUUGUUGAAGAAUAUGUGUAUCUGAUACAACACAGCUGCUCAUGUUGUAAAUACUGUAGUACUUUUAUAUUUCUUUCUUUCACACUCGUAUACAUUGUUUCUUUUCCACACCUAGGCAAUCUUGUGAAGCCAUCGGGUGAAACAUUGGGUGCUCUGGAUCUCGGAGGUGGAUCUGCACAGAUUGUUUUCAAACCAAUGUCAAAGGUGAGUGUUGGCUUUUCUCUUUCGGUGAUCUUAUGUGUAAACUGGUAGAAAACUUUUUUGACCAGUCUGUAUUAUUUUCAAAAACUGAAUACCGAGCUUUUGGACUCAGCACCCAUCAUCAAGAUUUACAUGCCACAUGGAUAAAAUGUUCAUCCACGCUUAUAAAACCAAUUUAUAUUCUAAGAUUCAAGAAUGAACAUUUCAUGUAAAUCCUAAUUGAUGUAAUGAUGAACACUCUGUCACUGUCCAUAUUAAAGUAUUUUGUACUGGUCAGUCUACACAAAGCCACCGAAAAUGAAGCUGCCUGGUAACGCUGGAUUAAAAUUUAGUUUUUUUAAAUUUCUAUAACUGACUCGUUCGUGUUUCUUCUUCAAGGAAACAAUCCUAUCAAGUCCAGAGACGCACAUGAACACUGUUAAAAUAAUGGGAGCCAAACAUGACUUGUAUUCCUAUAGGUAUGAUGUCUGACUAUACUCUGUCUCUGCUUGUUCGACCGCUGGUUAAGGUAAUUCCGCAGUUUUGCAUUGCGCACUUUUACUGCGCACAUCUUAUAACUUAUAAUUUCAUUCAUUAUACGUACCGUUUAAAAAAAAAUCAUUUUAUGACAAUUUUAUGUUACUUCAAAACAUCUUUGGUUACAUUCGUGCAAAGAAUUACGUUAAAAUCAAUGUUUUCAAAAAAGGCAUGCAAAAGUGUAGCUAGGGUUCCCUGUGUCUGUAGUAUAUUUAUUUACUUGUAUUUCACGUUUUAAUGCCACAAUUCCCUAAAAAGAUCGGUGACCCCCGUUUUUUAACUGAUAAUUUAUUUCUUUAAUGCAUUUUACAUUUCAUAUCCGAAAUUAAAAGAAAAAUCAUUUCUGGAUCUUGAAAAAAAAUCCUUUAUCAUUGCAUGUUCUCUAAGAAAGAUAUGUAAAGAAAUGUGGAAAAGACAUUUGUGAAUCAGAAUUGUACACGUUAGUAGUUUCAUUUUGCUCAAAACACAAUAUUUUUUCAAAAAUAAUUACAAGAUAGGUUUACUAAUGCAAAAUCCGCGCUAAAAACGUCAAUAAAUACCGGGCUGUUGUGAUUUUGCUGUUACCUGUAAUGAGCGUCAAGAUGGCGCCAUAUUGGGGUAAAGGUGGUAUAUUGUGAUUGUCAUAUCUUCUUAACGAGUUCGGUGACCCCAACUUUUUUGUGUGAUUUUACUUUAAGUAUAUCAUAAACUCCAUGCCUGGGAAGUUUCAGCACAUUCUCAUUUCGGGAACAAUUACUUACUGUAGAUUUAAUAGUGCAAAACUUCAAAGCGAAUUUCCCAACAACUUGUAAAUUGCGUACACUCAGAGUAACAUCACAAGCAUCAUAUUCACCUGAGUAUAUAUCUGUACAUUACACCAACACAGAAAAAAAACUUUGAAAUAUUUUUUCCAGAAAUCUUUUGUGCAUUGAUAACAGUUUUAUGUAGAAGUAGAGAAAUGCAAUACCUAGGGGUGGUACUAAUGUACUUUGAACAACCAGUCCCUGACUUUUCAAAACGCCGCUCCAAAUAUUUACUGCUAUACUAUAGCAAUUAUUUUAUAUUUCUGUUUGUAGUUAUCUGGGUUUGGGUUUGAUGUCUGCGAGGCAAGCUGUAUUAAAUUUUACUACAUUGAGCGGAAAUGGUAAGAAAAUCAAAUUGUCAAAAUUAACAAAAUCGUUGUUCAUAUAUUGUCAAGACUUAAAGUAUAUCAAGAUUUUUAGUCAUAUGGUAUUCGAAUGAUUACAGAUAUCUAGAGUCCUUCGUACAACCUGCGUGGAGCUUCACUGAAAUAAAAAAAGUCCCAAACCGUAAUAUUAGAGAGGUUCAGAUUUAAGGGACUAUUGACCAAUCAGAUGCGUUCCAUAUAUCCGAUUGACCAAUCAGAUGCGUUCCAUUUAUCCGAUUGACCAAUCAGAUGCGUUCCAUAUAUCCGAUUGACCAAUCAGAUGCGUUUCAAAUAUCCGAUUGACCAAUCAGAUGCGGGCUAAGCCAGUCAGAGCUAGUGGUCAAGUCAAAUCUGCACCUCUCUAUUGGCGUACGUCCGGCAUGUAACAACGCGAAUUAUCGCACCCUGAAAUGAUCAAAAUUUUAUUACAAACUUUCCUCAUCUCAGGAAACAUCAGUUCAAGUCCAUGUAUACUUCCUUCAUACAAAGGAUCCUGGUCUUUUUCUGGAAAUGACUUUGUUGUUCAGUAAGUAUCAAGAAAAUAUGGAGAUAGCAUAGAACACGCACGCUUGUAAUUAAUUCAUUCCGCUUUACCCGUCGAAGCCAUUGGCCAUAUAUGGGAAUACUGUAAUAUAUACUGCUGCAGCAGCAUCUCAAAAAAGAUACCCAUCAGAGGCAUGUAUACCCUGCGCAGUCCUAAACCGGUCCUGGCCGUUCCUCGUUCUUUAUUGACAUAAUUUUUCUAUUCCUAGUGGUAACAGAUCAUUCAACUACGAAAACUGUCUACACUAUAUUGAACAGAUUGUAACCAAUGUUCACCAACCAGGUAUGUUACUUACCAAACAUUCGUCAUUUUUGUCAUGGAAAUGUUUACAUUUAGUCGUCUUCAACUUGAUAUAUCUUCAAAUGGAAACUAGGUUUUAAUGAAUUGAUUACAUUAUUUCUUGCAGCGGAAAUUGUGGACAGGAGAUUUUUUGCGUUCUCAUAUUUUCAUGACAUUGCAAUUGCACUUGGCUUAGUGGGUAAGUAACCAUUUGCUCCAUUGCGAUUCUGGAAACGUUGCAAGGCAGCAGAUGGUGCCAUGAGAUUAGGUGGAGACCCGUCUUCUAGACGGGGAUUUUUUUAAUCGGUGUGGACGGGCACAAAAUGAUAAAUCUUAAAAACAAAACUUCAGCAGUUGCUGCACAUACUUUGACCUCAGCGUCCACAAGCAAACAAGAUUCCAAUUAGCUAAGUUAGCUGUAGCUCAGCCAAUAUUAACGAAUGGUCAACCGACCUGGACAUUAAAAGACCAAUUUUGUUGAUGUUUGCUCUUCAUUGGCGAGCGCAGUUUUACACGUAGGGGCCGCGGGGGCAAUUGGAGCAUGUGCCCCCCCCCCCCCACUUUUUUCAAAAUUGAAAAAAGUGCUCUUUUUCUGGGCUAAAGUGCCCCAUUUAAAGAAUGAAAAAGUAUUUCUUGAAUGAACGCCCUCUUUUGCUGAAAAGAAAGUGCUCUUUUUGUAGUAGUAUAGACUCUGUAAAGGCCAUUUCCGACGUUAUAGAGACUCCAUAUUUUCAACAAUUUUCGUUCGGCUCAUUAACGACAUAAAAUCGUUUGAUUUUGGUCGUAUACAAAAGUGCUCCUUUUGGCCGAUGCCACUCCACUUUCGAAAUGCUUCCGCGGCCUCUGCAAUUACACGUGUUCCUUUGAAUGCUAAGAACAGGGAUGGAUUUACUGGGGGAUGCGGGGGCACCCCCCUAGUCCUGGCCAGAGGGGGUGCAGGGGGUGCUAUUUUUCAUGAUAGAGCAAAAAAUUAUUAGAGACAAAAUGAGAUACAGUAAUUUGUGUAAUAACAUGAUGAUAAUUAGCAAACUGUGAAAACAAUUACAAUUCAAAUACGUGAUCAAGCAAGACUUUGCAGUAGUCAAGCAAGUUGAUGGGCGGACGGCACACAUGACCGACACAACUCGGCACCAGAGCUGGCAGAACACCCACCAGAUCAUGCUGGAUCCAUCCUUGGCUAAGCAUGUUUUUAGAAGAUGAAGUUCUGAUUCGAAAAUUAUUCCAAGGGAAACAUAAUGUUUUGAGGGGGAGGGACAGACUUAGAGCAGCACUUUUGGACGGCUACAUUGUUAAGUCUCUGGAUGGUUAUCAACUUCAGAAAUUCAACUACACCACACAAUUAUAUACAGUAUAUUUGCCUCCAAAAACAACACUUCAUACAUUAAAAAUAAACAUUAUUUUCUCACUCUGAUAACUACAGGUUGACUACCAUCUUGCCCACGAUAGUGCUUAGUGAAAUCCAGCUAUUCACUCCGAUGAAUAUUCAAUGUAUCCAAUAAGUAGCAGUGUCGCACCAAUUUUUCGCACCAAUUUUUGCAUUCGCCUGGUUUUCUAUAGGUCACGAUAACGGCGGAUUACUGUCGCUUGAAAGUUACCUAGAAGCUGCUAAGAAAGGUAAGGUCGGUUACUUUUAAGAAUAAAUAUAUAGACGUAUAUGCUUAGUAUAUAUUUUGGACUUGGCUUAGCCCAAAAUUUUCACUACCGCGUUGGUUUCACCCUAAAGUGGGAUCGUAAGGGACGGACCAUUAGAAAACUAGUGAUUGGGAAGUAAAAAAAAAAAAAAUUAUUCCCAGAAAAAAAUUAGGGGAAAAAAUCUUCCCAGGCAUAGUGCAAAAAAAAUUCCUUGCUUGGAAGAUAAGCCUAUAAAAUUCACUUAAAAAAAUAUUUCCAGCCAUCAAGUGAGAAAAAAAAAUUCUAUAGGUAUACAAAAAAAAAUAUUGCCUCUCAGAAAAUCCCUCCCGAUCACUUUUCUAAUGGUCCGUCCCUAAGGUACACACGCAAGAAUCUCACAUCUUGUAGCAAGUCUGCCAACAAGCCGUCAACAAGUUGUGUUCGCACUGCUUGUCCCAAGUUGUCAACAAGUUUGGAACAAGCUGUUAACAACUUGUUAACAACUUGUUACAACCUUGUUGAUAUUAUCAGACUUGUUACAAGGUUGUCCCAACAAGUCCGAUACAGUCAUGAUAUAACAACAUUGUUACAACCUUGUGUCGUCAACCUUGUAACAUUCUUGUUAUAUCAUGACUGUAUCAGACUUGUUAGAACAACCUUGUAACAAGUCUGAUAAUGCCAUCAAGCUUGUUACAACUUGUUAACUGCUUGUUCCAAACUUGUUGCAACAACUAGGAACAAGCAGUGCGAACACAACUUGCCAACAGCUUGUGAACAAUUUGUAACAACUUGUUUGCAGAAACAUGUUAUGGGCCGUUGCGUGUGUAUAUGCGACCAAGAUAUGGUGACUGCAUGCUGUUUUUUUAUUUUUCAGUAUGCUCAAUGGAAAGUUACAAAAAACUAAACAAGUCUCCGUUCCUUUGUCUUGAUGCAGUGUACAUCACGACUUUAUUAAGAAAAGGUUAUGGUUUUCGUGACUCUCAAUUUCUACAGGUGACUCUUUAUUUGUACGUAUAACACUGUUCAUACCAUGUUACGUUAAUUUACAGACUUCUACCUGCAGAGAAGGACAAUCUGUCAGAACUUAGGCAAAGAAAAUAUCACUUCUCUAAGAGACCAUUUCCACUCGAGAAAAUUUUCCACGGACAGAAAGUUUUCCGAAAAUAUCAUUGUUAAAAGUUGAAAAUUAGCAACUUCAAAAUUUUUUCCAACGGAAAAUUUAUGUUGGCCGUAUCACAUUUUACAAAAUUUUCUUUCUGCGGAAAAUUUUCCUGAGUGGAAGUGGGACUUAACAAUUGGUCUGCCGUCUGCGAAUCAACGUGGCAACCGGACAGAUCAGCUGUCAAGACGAACUAUCACUGAACUGUACAUAUAGUUCUUCUUAAAACCAUUGAUCCGAUUUUGUUUGGAACACAUCAGACAUAAUCAGUUACCAGAACCAAUGUCAGUCUCAUUGUUCGAACCCUUCCCGCCCCUUUCUUAAGGGGGAGGGGGAUAAACCAUCCCAAAAGGGGGGGGUGUGAUGAAAACCUUUUUGUAACAAUGGGGGGUUACUGAAAAGAAGUGCUUUGGUUUAACAGGCGGGGGAAUGAGCAGAAAACUGUUAUAAAGAUGGCUGAGCAAGACGUUUUUUCAAAGUGCAGAAAAUCAAGACCGGAUUUCUUGAUGGAAUUUUGUUUGGAUAAUACUUACAGCAAACCUUGGUAAUUGCGUGCCAUUUGCAAGCUUUGACCUAUCAAAUUUUGUUCUCUGAAACAGUUGUCGUAAAAGCGGGUUUGGAAGUUUUGAAAGGAGGGGGGGCAAUGGUAAGGGAGGGGGGUUAAAAAAGGGGAGUAAGACUCCUUUGCAAACUAUGGACUUAGUCUGAACACAUACAGUAGCUGGUUCGUCUUGCGCUUACUUAUGACCCCUCUCUAUGGUAUAAAUUAUUUUAAUGAUUUAUUGCAGAUUGCAAGAAAAAUCAAUAAUGUAGAAGUCAGCUGGGCACUUGGUGCCGCUUUGCAUAUGCUUGAUGAUGCUGCAUAGUUUGAAUCUGAAAACAUAAGGGGCGAUCAGCCGAAGAUCAGAAAGGCAUUUACAAGGUAGAAGCAGCCAAGCAGGUAUAGCACAACAGGUCAGACGAGCAGAAAAGUACAUGGUAAAAUGUGUGUAGACCAAUUUGGAAGACUUGACCAUAGAUAUUUAUUACUCACUAGGGUUGCAAUUUGGCUUGAUGAAUUUUUUAAUAUAUAAAAAAUUUAUAUAUUGCAGAUUAUAUAAUAUAAUAUCGAAUAUUUUAAACAAAUAAAUAAUUCUAUUCAGUGAAUUGACCUUAUUAACUUUGCAUGACUCAUGAAUUUUUCUUUAUAUGAUGGAGUACUAUCAUGCCCUAGUUUACUGGUUUACUCUGUGUAAACGCCAGACCAUUUUACUCAUCAAGGUAAGGCUCAAUGGCUUAUUAAUAAGCAGUCAUCACGAUCAAAUUUGGUAUGUAAAGUUUUGAUAAUCAUAAAGCAUCUUUCUGGCAAAAUAAUCAAGGCGUAAAAAAAAUACCUGUGGUUCUGGUUUCAUAUCGUGAAAAAAUUGGGGUCAGUAGGUCGGAAAUAAUUUUUUUAAAUAUUUUUUUCAUUUUUUUUUUUAAUAAUUAGUGUGACAACAGACGCCAUUUUGGCAGCAGCCCGCAACCACCCAGAGAAAAUAGGGUCGCACAGUCAAUCACGUUGAAAAAAUAGUAGGGUCGGCAGAAAAAAUAGGGUCGGUCGGGAACCGUAACCACAGGUAUUUAUGCCCAAACAAUGGAUACGAGAAUGAAACCCACAGAAAGAGCCAAACUAGUAUGAACCAGUGGACACUGAACCACGGCAGUUGUGGAUCUAUCCUUGCUUUUCAUUGCCCAACACAAUUCCCAAGAGGUACCCCAGUCUAUCAUAAUUUAUGCAAAACAAUAACAGUAUUUAUUUGGAAUAUUUUUAUUGCUCAACAGACCAUUUUACAAACACAGGUAAGUCUUAUAAUCUUUGCCUUUGCAGCAUGAUCUUCAGUUCUUAUGGUGUUCUCAAUGGAACUAAAAUAGAAAAGAUUAAAUUACCAUUGAGACAUAUGUAGUAAAUGGUAGGGGGUGAAGAUGUCGUAAGGGAAUGUAUCCAGUGGUGUGAUAAUAGCUACUGUUAAAGCCAUAGUCAAUGUUGACUUUUGUUUGGGGGGAUGGCUAUGAAUUUCAGGGAUAAGGGGGGGGGGGCAUAUUUUCAUGGGUUUGAAAAACCCUGUGAAUUGCAUACUGGUAUUUAUGUGUAAUUUUACAAUCCACACACCUUCUGAAAUCCAAUGUCUUUGGCAUAUUGUCUGAAGCACUGACGGCACAUGUUGAUACCAUACUUGCGAAUUAAACCAUGUCGGUUUGAGCAUACUCGGCU